GCCCCAUUCCCUGGCCCGCCCGACGCUAGAGAAUUUCCAGUGGGCCCACCCCUCGCCCUUUUCUCUCUCUCUCUCUCUCUCUCUCCUCAAGCCGCAGUGAGGUAAAGUGGUGAGACCAGGAAAAGAGAGAGAAGAGAGGAGAGAGAGAGAAACAAAAAGCAAAAGCAACAAACCAACCUUGCCUACCCGGUCUUUGCUUCCACUUCUUCCCGCACAGCACACCAGAGGCACGGACCUCCAUAACAGUCCCUGCCCUCCAGCCAUAACAACAAAACGGCCAUUCUAGAGUGUGUGUGAGAGUGUGAGAGAGGAAGAAUAAAGCAUUCUAGAGAGAGAAAGCUCAGCUCUCUGGCAGAGCAACUGGCACCACCACUGUAGUCUGUCCCUCACCAACGACUCUGCUCCUACAUCGGAAACCCUAGAUCCCUCCCUACGCCGGCGGCGAGUCGUCAUUCGUCCCCGCGCACUCGCCGGCUUCCUCCGAGUUGCUUUGCUGCAAGAAUUCCAUCUGAUGAUAUGCAAUAACUUGACAUGGAAAGGGUUCCUGAAUCUAAGGGACUUCCUGGGCAUUUGCUGGGUGUGGCUCAGAUAUCAAAGGGGCACACAAUUUCAGUGAAUCAAUUGGUGGAUCGAUCUGGUGCACAAGAGUCUCAUGAUUUGGAUUCACAUGUACCUGUAAAAACAAGGAAAGGAAAAGAUUCUUUGCAGAAUAAAGAGGAGCUUAUGCCUGAUGCUGCUACAUGUAAAAGCAGUGGUGAUUCGUUCGAGGAAGGUGGACCUAGUUCUUUCUCUGGGGCUAGUCAUCCUCCAGAACCUGUAGAUACUGAUUUAAUGAAAACAGUCUAUGUUUCAAUUGGUCAGAACAAAACUGAGGGUGGAUGCCUGAUGAAGAGCAUGUCUAUGAAGGGUUCCUUGAAGGGUCCAUUUCUGGAAGAUUUAUCAAUCCGGGUUUCCAGUAUUAAACCAAGUUCAGCUAUUCUUUCUCCUGCUGAAAGCUUGGUUGAAGAACCUCAUGACUUAGGUAGAUUGUCUUCUCCGUUUACUGUUCCUCGUGCAUCACAGAACACAGAGAACUCUCUCCUCCCCCCGGAUUCUGAUGAGAAGGAAUGUGUUUGGGAUGCUUCAUUGCCUCCAAGUGGCAAUGUAAGCCCACACAGUAGCAUUGAUAGUACUGGUGUUGUUACAGCUAUGAGCAUUGUCAAUAGCUGCACCAGUACAUAUAGGAGUGAUGGGAUUACAAGUGAUGGCAUGCUUAGCAUGGAGAGGAUCUGUGACAGUACAAAGGGGAGUGUUCGAGGGGAUUCACUCGAGAGUGCUAAAACUAGUGCGAGCCGAGCAAGUGACAGCAGUGGUCUUAGUGAUGACAGCAAUUGGAGUAAUAUCACUGGUAGUGCCAAUAAGCCACACAAAGGAAAUGAUCCUAGAUGGAAGGCUAUUCUUGCCAUCCGUGCACGGGAUGGAAUUUUGGGCAUGAGUCAUUUUAGAUUACUCAAACGGCUUGGAUGUGGUGACAUUGGCAGUGUUUAUCUUUCGGAACUGAGUGGAACCCGUUGUUACUUUGCAAUGAAAGUAAUGGACAAAGCAUCCCUAGCAAGCAGGAAGAAGUUGAGCAGGGCUCAGACAGAAAGAGAGAUUCUGCAACUGCUAGACCAUCCAUUCUUGCCUACUCUGUACACACAUUUUGAGACUGAUAGAUUCUCGUGUUUAGUAAUGGAAUUUUGUCCAGGUGGCGAUUUGCACACGCUGAGACAACGGCAACCUGGGAAACACUUCUCUGAGUAUGCAGCACGGUUUUAUGCCGCAGAGGUUCUGCUAGCACUCGAGUAUCUCCACAUGUUGGGUGUUGUUUACAGGGAUUUAAAACCUGAAAAUGUUCUGGUCCGUGAUGAUGGUCACAUAAUGCUGUCCGAUUUUGAUCUUUCCUUGAGAUGCGCAGUUUCACCCACCCUCAUAAAAACAUCGUUUGAUUCUGAUCCUUCAAGACGGGCUGCCGGUGGUGCAUUUUGUGUGCAGCCUGCAUGUAUAGAGCCUUCAUCUGUAUGCAUCCAACCAGCAUGCUUUAUUCCACGCAUCUUUCCCCAAAAGAGUAAGAAAAAUGCUCGGAGACCUAGAUUAGAGCCUGGUUUUCCUGCCAGUGCUCUUCCUGAGCUGGUUGCUGAGCCUACAGCAGCUCGAUCCAUGUCAUUUGUUGGGACCCAUGAAUACCUUGCUCCUGAAAUAAUCAAGGGAGAAGGCCAUGGUAGUGCAGUAGACUGGUGGACAUUUGGCAUUUUCUUGCACGAGCUACUGUAUGGUAAAACCCCAUUUAAGGGUUCAGGGAACCGUGCUACCCUGUUCAAUGUGGUGGGACAGCAGCUCAGAUUUCCGGAUGCUCCGGCAACUAGUUAUGCGAGCCGGGAUCUGAUUCGGGGCUUGCUGGUGAAGGAACCCCAGCAGCGGCUUGGGGUGAAGAGGGGAGCAACCGAGAUCAAGCAGCAUCCCUUCUUUGAAGGCGUGAAUUGGGCUCUGAUAAGGUGCAGCACCCCACCAGAAGUGCCUAGGCCGGUGGAGACCGAGCUGCCAGGGAAGUUUGGGGUUGUUGACACAGCCGGGGUAGGGAGCAGCAGUAAGAGGAUGGUGGGAACAGACAUGAUGAAGUCCGGUGGUAAAUAUCUGGACUUUGAGUUCUUUUAGUUUUGGAUUACAAUAUUGAUGUGCUGUGUUGUAUUAGUGUUGUUAGUUAAAUCAUUCCUACGAUAGUUUGCCUGCCUGCAUUACUAUGUCUUGCUAAUGCAUUUCAGCCCACAACCCUUUUGGGAAAAAUCUAAUUUUAAUUUCUAAAA